UUUUUAUUCUUUUCAUUCACUCUCUUAAUUAAAUCUCUCUUUCUUUAGCACUUUGCUUUCUCAUUCGUGUUCAUUCAUCCAUACUUUUUACGUCCCAUCAUUGAGCGGUCUUCUUCUUCUUCUUCUCUCUCUCUCUCUUCUCCCCCCUAAAACUCUCACUCCCUCCCCCCCCCAACAAAAAAAAAAGCCGAAUUAACAAACACUAAUUUCCUAUGAAAAAGGAUCCGUUCCCACAGUAGUACUAUAAGCCAUAGGAGCAGUCUCCUAAGCAGCUAGCUAACAACGCACCCAAUUAAACACCUCCUUACCUCACCUGAUCAGAGAUAUAUAUAUUGAAGAUCAUCGCCGUCAUCAUCAGAAGAAGAAGAUUCCAAGUCAGAAAACCUUCGAAACAAAUAACAGUACCAGUACUGCUAAUACUAGUUCCGUCGAAAAUAGUUCAAAAGAGGAAUAAUAGCUAUUAGUAAUAGUAGUAUUUUUCCAUAUGGAUUCAGCUUCAGGAGGCGAAGGAUCAUCAUCAGCCUCAGGAGCCGCAGGUGGGCCGACGUCAGACCCGAGUAGUACCCAAGGCCCGUCGUCGGGAACCGGGUCGGCCCAGACGGCGACGUCGUCGGAUCAGGGAGGCCCAUCAACGGCCCAGCAGCAGGGGCCGAGCAGGUACGAGUCGCAGAAGAGGAGGGACUGGAACACGUUCCUGCAGUAUCUGAAGAACCACAAGCCGCCGCUGACGCUGGUCCGGUGCAGCGGGGCCCACGUGAUCGAGUUCCUCAAGUACCUCGACCAGUUCGGGAAGACGAAGGUCCACGUCUCCGGCUGCCCUUACUUUGGCCACCCGAACCCGCCGGCGCCGUGCGCCUGCCCGCUCAAGCAGGCGUGGGGCAGCCUCGACGCCCUCAUCGGGCGGCUCCGUGCGGCAUACGAGGAGAACGGCGGACGACCGGAGUCCAACCCUUUUGGGGCUAGGGCUGUACGGAUUUACCUACGGGAGGUUAGGGAGGGCCAGGCCAAGGCCAGAGGGAUUCCUUAUGAGAAGAAGAAGCGGAAACGCUCUACUAGUACUAGUACUACUGCGGCGGCGGUGGAGGUGGCGGCGGGAGGGUCUAGUGGUGGUGCUGGUGGUGGAGGUGAGGGGAGUGGGAGUGGCGGUGCUACUGCGCCUGGAGGGGAUCAUGAUAGUGGUGGUGGUGCGGCCGUGGCGACGGCUGAGACGACGACGACAUGAUGAUUAUAGGUUUUACUGAUUUUUCUUUUUUAAUUUUAAUUAAUCAUCUUCUUUUUUCUUCAUCUUCUUCUUUUAUAUCUAUUUUAAUUGUGAUUAUUUAUGAGCUUAUGUAUAUUUAGGCGAUUCGCUUAUAAUUGGAUGGAUCGACCCUCCCAUGAACGAAAAUUUUCAGAAAA